UCCAUGGGGGAAGUUUCCCUCCAAGACAAGCUCGCGACCGUUUUCCAGGGCGACCGAGAGAGAGUCAACAGCAGCUCGGCCGACUUCGAAACUUCAGAAUCUUUAAAGUCAGGAACGAACGAUCUCCAUCUCCACAUCUCGCUCCGAUUCAUCCCUCUCCACUUCCCCCCCCCCGAUGGUGUUCAAGUACUUCACUUUCCUCAUCGACGGCGACUUCCUCAACACUCGCCCCGGCUCGCCCCCGGCCUUCACCACUUCGCCGUCCGUGGCUUCCCCUCUAGUCUGCAGCGGUUGUGCCGGCGUCAUCAGCAGGUUCGACGAGCUGCAGCUCCGGGAUCGGUCCAGGGACGGAGGAGCUGCGGAGGAGACGCGGGACGAGGAUUCCAGGGGAAGGAACGGUUCGGCAGAGAAAGCGAACCGAAAUGCCGAGAAGCAGGUCAAGGAAGUCGGCCUUUUCGCCAGGGCAGUUGAAGUUCUGGAUGUAAUUGGUGGUAGCAUGACAACUUUGAACAGGAACAGCAGUUUCAUGUUAAGAAGUACAAGAAAAGAGAAGAUUAUAUCAGUUUUGGCCUUUGAAGUUGCAAAUACUAUCACAAAGGGUGAGAACCUUAUGCAAUCCCUCUCAGAACAAAACAUUGUACAUUUGAAAGAAGAAUUGCUCCCAUCAGAAGGUGUGCAAUACCUAGUAUCAACGGAUAUGGAUGAAUUAUUGAGAAUUGCUGCAGCUGACCAGAGGAAAGAAUUGCAAUCUUUUACAGAAGAGGUGGUGCGGUUAGGAAAUCUAUGCAAAGAUCCUCAAUUCCACAAGUUGGACAGUUAUAUCUAUAGUAGUCUGGAGAAUGAACUUCCGCCAGGGUUACCAUUAAGGGAAGAAUCAUGGGCAGUAAUGCUGCCAUUAAUGAAUCUGGUUCACUCUACAGCUGAGUUGUAUUACAAGUUAUAUGCCUUGGAGAGACAUGAACAAGAUUAUAGGCAUAAGUGGAAAGAAUAUAUCAGCCUUGAUGCCAAAGAUAAAAACUCCCAUUAUAUUCAGCAAAGCAUUUCGAUUCUGAGGUCAGAGAUAAAGAGUCAGAGGAGGCAGGUGAGAAGUUUGAAGAAGAAAUCACUUUGGUCAAGGGUUCUGGAAGAGGUGGUGGAGGAGCUUGCGGAUAUUAUUAUUUGCCUCCACGUGGAAGUUCUUGAAGCCUUUGGUAGUGCUGAUCAUGAAAGCGCAGAGAGUGGUUCUGUCAGCAAUGGUAGAAAAUUGGGAUCUUCUGGCCUGGAAUUGCACUAUGCAAGCAUUAUAACUCUCAUUGACACUAUUGUGGCUCAUUCAGGCUCUGUAGCUCCAACAAUGACGAACGCAUUGUACCAAAGCCUGCCACCAGGUAUAAAGUCACCUCUGCGCUUUUGGCUGCGGCAAGUUCAGAUUCAGGAAGAGCCUACAAUUCCAAUUAUUAAAGCUAAAAUGGAGAAGACACUGUCGUGGCUUGCUCCAAUGGCUGCUAACACAAUCAAAGCACACUGUGACUUUGCGAGACUGGGAGUAUGGGCAAAUAUCAGGUCCAGUGUAAACCAGAGACCUGCUGGCAAGGGAGACUUCAUCAGACUCAAUACUCUAUAUCACGCUGAUAAGGAGAAAACUGAAUCCUGCAUUGUUGAACUGUUGUUCUGGCUCCACCAACUGGUCUGCAAAAAAAGGGCAAUGAAUGAUGGAGUCACUUGUUCUCUGGACUCGACGGUUUCUUCUCCAAGUGGUGAAGAGAUUCGAUUAUCAUCUCCCAGUCCGCGUAAGGAUGUAAGUAAGAGGAAAAUGAUGCCGAGAACAAUUGAGACUUUGGAAUCGGAAACAGAAAAUCCCCACUCAUGCUAUUACCAUCUACUGAGCUCGGGUAUUUCUGAUUCUCCCACCAUUGGAAGUCCAGGGGUUUCAGUGCUGAUUCUGAAAACAUUAUCUAUGGACUCCAGCAUAGACAUGAUGACUGCAUUGGAUGUCAUUGAUGGCAUUACCGCCCCUUGAAAUUUAUGGGCAAUCACUAUGGGAAAAGCGAUAAUUAUAGUUUGUACAAUAAUAGGUGUACAUCUACCCUUGUAUAAUGGAACUUGAAGUGAGAUAGUGGACAGUAAGACAUCAUUCGGAUACGUAGCGGAUGCCAAAACGACAUAUCACAUUGCCUGUUCGUCUUCUGAUAUGAUUAGAAGAGUAUCUAUGGUCUUGCAAGACCAUGUGAAUAUCCAUGUUGCAGCUGGCCAUAAGUGAACGUGUUGAAUUCAAAUAUAUAUG